ACCUGAAGAUUGAAGACACAUUCACAGUCAAACAGGAAGUUCCCGAACAAACUGAGCUGUUGGUGCUGAAAGAAGAGACUGAAGAACUGAAUGAAACUGAAGAGAACGGUCAGAAACACCAAGAUUCGAAGACUGAUGGAAAAUCUAUUAAGACAGAAAAAGAGCCGAUGUUGAUGAAAGAGGAGACUCAAAAACUGAAGGAAAUGGAAGACAAAGAUCAGUUUGAGGAAAACCAAGACUUAACGACUGCUGAAAUGUCUACCAUGACAAAAAAGACUUCACCUCGUGAAAGAGAUCAGGAAAUUAAAUCUAAUGGUAACUUCACCUGCAGUCAAUGUGGAAAAAGUUUUACUCAAAAAUACAAGCUUAGAGUUCACAUUCGAGUUCACACUGGAGAGAAGCCUUACUCGUGUGAACAGUGUGGAAAGAGAUUCAUUGAAAACACGAGACUUGUAUCCCACAUGAGCACUCAUACCAGAGAGAAGCCUUACUCAUGUCCCGAGUGCGGAAAAGGUUUCAAACAAAAGCAAAAUCUUGCAAUUCACAUGAGAAUUCACACUGGAGAGAAGCCUUUCUCAUGUGAUCAGUGUGACAUGAGUUUUAAUCAAACACAAAACCUUAAAGCCCACAUGAAAGUUCACAACAGGGACAGGCCUUACGCCUGCCAACAGUGCGGAAAGAGAUUCAGGCAAAUUCAAAUCCUUCAACUUCACAUCCAACUUCACACCGGAGAGAAGCCUUGUGCCUGCCCUCAGUGUGGAAUGAGCUUCGUUCAUAAACAAAGACUUAAUAGGCACAUGAAGGUUCACAAUAAAGCAAUAGAGACAAUAAAGCCUUUCAUUUGCCAGCAGUGUGGAAAAAGUUUUGCUCAGAAUGGUACCCUUAAAAUCCACAUGAGAGUUCACACUGGAGAGAAACCUUACACUUGCUCUCAAUGCGGGAAGAGUUUUACACAGAAAAGCAAGCUUGAUUACCACAUGAGACUCCACACUGGAGAGAAACCUUUCCUCUGCCAACAGUGUGGAAAGAGUUUCAGUCAAAAGAAAUGCCUUGAAAUCCACAUGAGAGUUCACACUGGAGAGAGACCGUACACCUGCUCUCAAUGUGGGAAGAGUUUUACCCAGAAAGGCAACCUUGAUUACCACAUGAGGACUCACACUGGAGAGAGACCUUACACUUGCACUGAAUGCGGAAGGAGUUUUACACAGAAAGGCAACCUUGAUUCCCACAUGAGGACUCACACUUUAGAGAAGCCUUUUAUAGUUGGCCAGUAGAGUUCAGUUUCGAGAACUGGCUCCGUUUUAGAACUGCAUGGCAGUUGGCAUUUUACAGCCGUAUCUAUCUGCCAGGACCUUUGACCGGUUAAGAUUUGCUCCCAAAAUAUGACACUCAAGUGAUAAUUACCCUCAGGGCCGUGCAAAGUAUUGGACUUUCCCCAAGUUCUCCGUAUGCUGAUUAAAGGUUCAGGACACACUGAAGAACUUUUUUUUAAAUAUAUUAACAGAUUUGUGUAUGUUGAGCAUCAGUUAAGACAAUGUUAGCACCUGUCAGCUUUAAUUGUGGGGAAAACUGGAUAAUUUUGAGCUUUUGUCAGCUAAUUUCAGCUUCUGGGUUUAAAAUGAUUUUUGGGGAGGGAUCAUAGUCGGCGACGUAGCGAAGUACUGCAAGUGCAAUGAUGACGCGUCGGUUUCUCAUUAAUAUUCAAAGCGGAGUUUCCCUAUCCUAUGAGAAGAGCCGGCUGCUUAAUUAUUCAGCACAUGCUUUCCAAAGGCAAGGCAGAUGCAGACCUGCCAGGCAGUGCCAAGCUCAAGCUGUGAGACACGGACCCACGGCACGCAGUAGCCGUUUAUGAAGGCUUGUAUGUGUUUGUUUCCAUGAUCCACGGGUUUGUUGCAUGUUUUUCCCCGCGAUCCUGUCAGGGCCGAUCAUACAGAAAAGCUGUGUGUUUGAUGCAAGCAUUUUUGUCGGGAGAGCAGCACGCGAAUUGGAGAACGGUGGAUGUUGUCUUGUAUCAGGAGUUCAUUAACAUAUAGAUACAUCGCCGUGCUGCUGUGUUUGCCUAAAUCCUCCAGAUUACCAGCAGGACUAAUGGUUAAAAUAGACAGGUCAGGAGACCUGCUGCACUGAGUCUGCAUUCAGAUCUAUGAUU